GGGAGUGAUGGCCGGCGAUGGCGCUGGCGAUGGCUCUGGCGGUGCCCCGCGACGGCUCAAGGGCAAGCUCUGCCGCGAAGAGGUAGCAGUAGUGCUAGCGGCAGUGGCAACGGCAGUGGUUCUUGUCCAGCGAUUCGUGGAUGAGCACAGCUUGCUUGUGCUUCUCCCCGGCAAUGCUGCGGCCGCCCUGGAGUCGUCAAUGCAGGCUACCAGCAGCGCGCUCGCGAAGCUCCAGACUAUGUUCUCGCUCACGGCGGCGAGCGAUGCCGCGGCCGCCGCUGCUGAUCCGGCCAUCGCCAGCGACGAUGAUCGCCAGCUCCAUUCUUCCUCGUCGAGCCUGAGAAAGGCCGUCCAUGCGAUGGGGGAUACGAUCGCUCCUCCUCGGUUUCACGAUGUUUUCCAAAGCGGUGACGAUGUCCACUGGAAGGCGAGCUUCCGGAUGUCUCGGGCCAGUUUCGCGAGGCUGCUGGAGAUUUUAGGCCCGGUUCUCGAGAGACAAGAGCCCGCUGACAUCCCCGCCGAUCGAAAGCUGGCCGCGACGCUCUACCGCUUGGCUCACGGCGCGACCAUCAAAGUCGUAGCUCGCAAGUUUGGAAUCAGCACUGGCAGCUGCUCCAAGGCCUUCUACGACGUUUGCAAGGGAUUGGAGGAGAAGCUGGGCCACCUGUUCGAUUUCCCGACGUCGAGCGAGAGAUUGACGAGCAUCUCCGGCGAGUUCGCCGCUGUAGGAUUGCCACACUGCUGUGGAGCUCUUGGCUGCACCAACUUUGCCGUGGAGAGGCCGCCGGGAGAAAUGGGGAUCGACUACUUCGAUCACACCAGGAACUACAGCGUCGUGAUGCAAGGGGUGGUGGACUCUCGCUCGCGGUUUCUCGACAUCUCGGUGGGCUGGCCGGGAUGCAUCCCUCCCGCCGCCAUCCUUCUCAAGACGAGGUUCUACUCGCGAGUUCGAGAGAGCCAUGAACUUCUCCAAGGACCUCCGCUGGACCUCGGUGGUGGCAUUUUCAUUCCUCGCUACGUUCUCGGAGACCGCUCCUACAACUUGCAGCCGUGGCUCAUCACUCCAUACUCCCAGCCCGAGGAUUCGAGCUUCGAUCUGACUGCUCUCUUCAACAAGGCACACAGGCAUGCAAUGCGGCCGCUGCGUCGAGCUUUCGGGAUGCUCAAGGAGCAGUGGCAGCUGCUCAAGACGACGCAGCGGGUGGACAGCAUCGAGCUGCUGCCGUUCAUCGUGGCGGCGUCGUGCGUGCUCCAGAACUUCCUCAUCGACAACGGGGAGGCGAUGCCCGAGGUGGAGGAGGAGCUGGAGCAGCGGGAGCCGGCGGUGGUGGACGGGGAUCCAGACGUUUACGGGGAGAGCGUGCGAAGCGCUUUGGCAGGCUUUGUCGGGCAGUAUCAAACAGCAAUGGGAUUUGGAGGAGGUCCAGUGCGAUCCGUGGGUCAGAUGGUGGUAGAUGGAACGAGGAACGGCUAGUCAGUCAGUCGGACAGGAUUGGGACACUACGCAGGAUUUCAGGAAGGCAAAGUUAGACAAAGACGCGGUGUUUGAAGCAGAAUAUCCAGCACACAGUCCUACGAGGCCGAGAUUUAAUGUCCGGGCAGGGAAGCAGGGCCGGGUGGUUUUCUUAUCUUUGGGAUUUGGAGGUGGCUUAAGUUCAAGUCAAAACAGCAGACUCGGGCAACAGGCCCACCCGUCACAUGUGGAGGAUAUACAGGGGAUAUGCGUUCUGGAUGGCUGAGUGCCGUUGGAUCAUCGUCUAUUUCUCCCGUGGAAUGGCAUCCCACUGAAGGAGAGAGAGUGAGAGAGUCGGCGGCGGCUGUAGAUUUUGUUUGGAGGGGCGGAUGUGCUUUGGAUGAUGGUGGUUCAGUCUGGUUUGGAAGUGCUCAUGGAGUUUUGGAACUGAGCUCUGUCUCUUCAGCUGCUGGUUUUUCGUGAGGGAGGUGGAGAUUUUAGUUUCCUGGUAGCGGUCCUUUAAAUUUUUAUUUUUUUUCUUUUA